UACAACAAGAUAGUUGGAGCAGAGUGGGUGGGGUGGGACUAAAGGAAGAACUACAACGAAGGCAAAACACACUGGGAAGAAGAAAUUACCCAGCCAUGGCCCAAACAGCACCUCACAUAGCAGUCAUUCCGUCGCCGGGGCUGAGUCACCUCAUCUCUCUCCGUGAGUUCGCCCGGCGACUCGUCCGCCGCUUCCACUUCUCCAUCACCAUCAUCGUCCCCACCAACGGCCCGUCCUCCAAAGCCCAGGCUGCUUUUCUCGAGUCUCUCCCUUCCGCCAUUUCCCACCUUCUUCUCCCCGCUGUCAGCCUCGCGGACUUGCCGCCCAGCGCCGGGCUCGAGACCAGAAUCUCCGUCACCAUGGCUCGCUCGCUUCCGUUUCUUUACGAAGCCCUCAAGUCUCUGGCCGCCUCCACCAAGCUCGCCGCUCUUCUGGUCGACCUAUUCGGCGCGGACACGUUCGACAUGGCCAGAGAACUUGGUGUUCCUCCCUACAUGUACUACUUAUCCACGGCCAUGUCUUUGUCGCUUUUCUUCGACUUGCCCACACUCGACAAAACCGUUUCUUGCGAGUUUCGCGAGCUGACCGAACCGGUUCAAAUCCCGGGCUGUAUUCCGAUCCACGGGAAAGACCUUUUCUACUCAAUUCAGGACCGGAAGAGCGAAGCCUACAAAUGGUGUCUUCAACAACCUGAGCGGUACGCUAUGGCCGAGGGUAUCAUAAUCAACACCUCCACGGCCUUGGAGCCUGGCCCGAUCAAGGCCUGGCAGCAGCAACCCGGCAAACCCAGGCUUUACCCGGUUGGACCCAUCAUCCAGAUGGAACCCGACGACAAGAAUUGUGGGCAGACCGAGUGCUUGAACUGGCUCGAUAAUCAGCCAACUGGGUCCGUGCUGUUUGUUUCAUUCGGGUCCGGUGGAAGACUCUCUCAUGAACAGAUCACUGAGUUGGCGCUAGGUCUAGAAUUCAGCGAGCAGAGAUUUCUGUGGGUGGCGAGGCCUCCGGAUAAUCUGGCCGGAGGUGGAUACUUCACCGUCGAAACCCAGAGCCAACCGCUAUCUUUCUUGCCGGAAGGGUUCGUCGAAAGAACCAAAUGCCGGAGCCUAGUGAUCCCCACUUGGGCGCCGCAGAUCCAAGUCCUCAGACACGAAUCUACCGGUGGGUUCUUGACUCACUGCGGCUGGAACUCUAUUAUCGAGAACAUACUGCACGGCAACGGCCUGCCGUUCGUGGCUUGGCCGCUCUUCGCCGAGCAGAACAUGAACGCGGCGCUGGUGACGGAUGAUCUGAAAGUGGCGCUGCGGCCGGAGUCCGGCGAGGCGGACGGGGUGGUGGGGCGGGAGGAGAUAGCGAGGGUCGUGAAAAGGGUGAUGGUCGGUGAAGAAGCCAAGGCCUUCCGGCGGAGAAUGAGGGAGCUGAAGAGCUCGGCUCUGAAGAGCUUGAGCGAAGAUGGCGAUUCUACCAAAGCACUGUGCGAGGUUGCCGACAACUGGUUUUAA